AUGAAAGCUAUCACUGAUAGUACUGGACGUACUGUUGAGCAAUUAAAAUCAGAUUAUAAACCUAAAGGAGAUUUGGGUCUUGUUGCUGAGAGUCAACAACGUAAAAGUGAUAUAAUAAAAAGUCUUUUAGUUUCUUGUCAAUCUCAUGAAAGUCGUUAUCUUGUUCGAUCAUUAAUUGGUAAACUUCGUAUUGGUUUAGCUGAACAAUCAAUGGUUGUUGCAUUAGCACAUUCAUGUAUUCGUAGUCAAUAUUCAAAUUUAAAAGAAACAACAUUAAAAGAACGUCUUGAUAAUGGUACACUUGCUGUUAAAGAUGCUUUUUGUCAAUGUUCAUUCUAUGAUAUACUUGUUGAUGUACUUAUUAAUAAAGGUGGUAUUGAAAAAUUAAAACAUUUAUGUAAAGCAACACCUGGUAUACCAAUGUUAGCACAUCCAUCGAAAGGUAUUGAUGAAAUAUUAAAACGUUGUGGAUAA